UGUUAUUGGCUAAUUAUAUCCCCAGAAAAAAGUCAAUUAUAAAAAACUCUCACUCAAUCACAAAACCUUAAACAUCUAAUAAAUCAAUUCAAAAGAAUCACCAAAAUAAUUGAAAAAGCUUUAAACUAUUCUCAAAUGGAGCACUAAAUUUCUCAAAUUUAUACAAAUUUUCCCCCAAAAAACGAUUCCCAAAAACAUAUUUACAAAAAUGAUCACUCAAGUUCUUAUCUGGGUUGUUCUCUUUGCUACUUAUUCUCUCCCAUCAUCAACUGCUGCUAAUCUUUAUUGUGAGGCAGGAACUGAAUAUGGAGAAAAUGGGUGUGGAUUUUCAUCAUCAGUUUCAUCAAAGAUAUUGAUAAAAGGAGGGAUAGUUGUGAAUGCCCACCAUCAACAAGUUGCAGAUGUGUAUGUGGAGGAUGGUAUUAUUGUUGUUGUCCAAUCCAAUCUUAAGGUAGGUGAUGAUGUUGUUGUGCUUGAUGCGACUGGAAAGUAUGUCAUGCCAGGGGGCAUAGAUCCGCACACUCACUUGGAUAUGGAAUUCAUGGGUACUCAGACUAUCGAUGACUUCUUUAGUGGUCAGGCUGCUGCAUUAGCUGGCGGAACAACAAUGCAUAUUGACUUUAUUAUACCUGUUAAUGGAAGCUUGACCGCCGGUUUGGAAUUAUACAAACAAAAGGCCCAAAAAUCAUGUAUGGAUUAUGGUUUUCAUAUGGCCAUUACAAAAUGGGAUGAAGUUGUAUCAAGGGAGAUGGAAAUCAUGGUCAAGGAGGAAGGCAUAAAUUCUUUCAAGUUCUUCAUGGCCUACAAGGGAUCUUUCAUGAUAAAUGAUGAGCUUUUGAUAGAGGGUUUCAAGAGAUGCAAGUCUUUGGGUGCCUUGCCGAUGGUUCAUGCAGAAAACGGCGAUGCUGUUUUUGAAGGGCAAAAGCGAAUGAUAGAACUUGGCAUCAUUGGUCCUGAGGGGCACGCUCUUUCGAGACCUCCUCUACUGGAAGGAGAGGCAACAUCUCGAGCAAUCCGAUUGGCACGUUUUGUAAAUACACCUCUGUAUGUGGUUCAUGUAAUGAGCAUUGAUGCCAUGGAGGAAGUGGCCAAGGCUCGAAAAUCAGGGCAAAGAGUCAUUGGUGAACCCGUGGUAUCUGGUCUAAUCCUGAAUGAUUCUGUGCUCUGGAAUCCUGAUUUCUCCAUUGCAUCCAAAUAUGUCAUGAGCCCCCCUAUCAGAGAAGCUGGGCAUGAUAAGGCACUUCAACAUGCUCUGUCAACUGGAGUUCUUCAGCUAGUAGGAACUGAUCACUGUACGUUUAGCUCAAAUCAAAAGGCUUUCGGAAUUGAUGAUUUCCGUAAAAUUCCAAAUGGUGUUAACGGGCUUGAGGAGAGGAUGCAUCUAGUCUGGGAUUCCAUGGUGGAAUCUGGGAAGAUGUCGGUUACUGAUUAUGUGAGGAUAACAAGUACAGAAUGUGCAAAAAUCUUUAACAUAUACCCGAAAAAAGGUGCAAUACUCCCAGGAUCUGAUGCAGAUAUCAUAAUACUGAAUCCUAAUGCAAGUUUCACAAUUUCAGCAAAACUGCAUCAUUAUAGAACCGACACUAAUGUCUAUGAAGGGAUGACGGGAAAGGGAAAGGUUGAAGUGACUAUCGCGGGAGGGAGAAUCGUCUGGCAGAACGACGAAUUGAAAGCCUUCCCGGGUUCUGGAAAAUACGUAGAGAUGCCUCCGUUUAGUUAUCUUUUUGAUGGUAUUGAAAAGGCGGAUAUCAACUAUCUCUCUUCUCUUCAAGCGCCAGUAAAAUGGUUCAGUUCUUCAAUCUGAAAUUUACAUAAAUUGUACAGAAUGUUUCAAGUUUCUUUCAUACUUGACAUGAAACCACAUUUUCUUGUUGAUUUAAAUCGUAAAUUUGGAAGAUCAGAAAAGGUUGGAUAACGAACGGUGAUUUUUCUAAAAUUACCAAAGUUGCCCGAAGGGUGCGAAAUACGAAUAAUUAAAGGGAAUAAUAUUCUAUUUGUUUGUCUUCUGCAA